AUGAGUCUUCUCGAUGGGUCACUAGCCGAUCUCGCACCCUCUGCCUACGACAUGAUCGUCUCUUCCCUGCCUCCCCCCUCCACCCGCAUGAAUGCGGAUCCUGCAUCUCAAUCCAAAGCGACACAGGCAUCGAGAAUAGCCUGGGAGAAAGCUAACGCUACCUCAUCUCCCUCUCAUCGGCCUCAGGGGAAGCCACCACAACCCCUGCUGCCGAAUGAGUCUUUUGUUCUACUCCAAGACAGUAUAGUGCGUACAAUCCCGUCUCCAGCGCCACCUGUCAUAUCCAAGAAAAGAGCAUCAUUUUCUCGAAACUCUUCGGACCCGGCCGCGGUGCCAUUCAGGUCGGAAGAUGCGGAACCACCGAACCCUUCCCCGUUGUCACAUCACCUCCGCUCCUCUGCCCGCCUGUUUAAUGCGCUCUCUUCACGCACGGAGAUUGAUCAUCCGUUGUGUGCUGAAUGCACCCAAAUUCUUUUGGGGUCGUUACAGCGGCAUCUUGACGAAACCAAGCGAGAGAGGGAUGGGUACCUGGCGUUCGAGAAAGAAGUUCGCAAGGAGCGUGAAAGAGAAUCACAGGGCAUGUCUAAAGAAGAAGCAGAGAGGAAGAUCGAGAGGCUCAAACAUGAUGAGCUCCUGACGAUAGAUCAGUUAAAAGCAGCCGAGCACGAACGCUUGGAGUUGGAGGAGGAACUACGUGUUCUAGAAGAGGAAGAGAAACUGGUUGAGGAAGAGGAGGCGCGUUUCUGGCAUGCGCACAACGACCAGCUGAUAUCUGCAGAACAAGUGUCAUCACAACUGGCUACCGUCAGAGCUGCAUACGCAGCUGAUUCAGCAACACUGGAGAAGCUAGAGCGGACGAACGUGUAUAACGAUGCCUUCUGUAUUGGACAUGAUGGUGUAUUUGGGACUAUCAACGGCUUGCGAUUGGGACGGGUGCCUACCGUUUCGGUCGAAUGGGCCGAAAUCAAUGCCGCAUGGGGACAGUCUCUACUAUUGCUGUACACUCUGGGUCGCAAAUUGGAUUGCACGUUCGAAAAUUAUCGACUAGUUCCCAUGGGCUCAUUCUCGCGCAUCGAGAGAACGUCCGCAGACAAAGCGAGCUAUGAACUGUACUCUUCGGGUAAUCUUAAUAUGCUCCAGCUGUUGCAUAAUCGACGGUUCGAUCUUGCCAUGGUCGCUUUCUUGGAAUGCCUCAAACAGAUCAUGGACUAUAUCAAGUCUCAAGAUCCGAACGUAGAGUUUCCCCAUCAGAUUAUCAAGGAUAAAAUCGGUGAUGUCUCCGUGAAGCUGAAAUUCAACCAAGACGAAGCGUGGACACGAUCUCUGCGCCAUGUCCUCCUGGCGUUGAAGAUCUGCUUGAAAUGGGCCACCAAUGGGACGAACGGAUAAUUCAUGUAGUAGUUGUCCUUUGUAUAAUAUCCGGUGCGAUUGUGUUUCGUAAUCGCAAGAAUUGUUUCUGCGUUGUAAGCAGACCCGACUCUCCUUACAAAUACAAGUGUCAAGAUGAUGGCGCCGCUAUCAGCUUGAACCGCAAUUUUCAACUACACAUUGCCCACUCAGCUCCGUUUCGACUCGCUUUCAUUACGUUCUGAUUGCAUAUCAUGGGGUUGCUCUACCUGGGGACAGCUCUGACUUGGGAGGAGUCGAAGCAGUAUGCCGAUCAUGUCCGAUCCCAUGGCAUAACCCAGUUUCUGCAUAUCUGGGACAGGCUCAAGGACAGACACGGAGAUGUGCUGCUGUGGGGAGAUGAGGUACGUCAUCCAGUAACGGAUAAGAUCUUGCUCCGAGCUAUCAGGUCGAAUACCUGGUCGUGGUGUUGGACGAUGAGCGAAAGGACGCCAAGCUGUCGCUGAGGCAAACGGAGAUCCUGGAGAAACUCGGUUCUGUCGUCAACGACAUUUCCUCUAGUUCGGCCGACUCUGUUUCUGUGCCCACAUUCCACCCCGAGUAUGGUCGAUAUAUGCUGGAGUCGACGCCAGGAUCGCCAUACACCGGAUCUAUCCCGGACUUGUUAUCGGUCGAGGGGAACAUGCGUUAUCGGCGGGUGCUUGCACGAAAACACUUGAAGCCGAACGAGAUUCCGCUGACACUCACUUCCUUCCCUCGUCUGGGUGUUCCUGGUCCCUUCACCGAGCCAUACUUUGAUCCUGCGGAUGCCGUGUCCAGCCACAGUCUCUUCCUGCCAGAAGAAAUAACCAAUCCGCACGUUCGCUUCCCGACAUUAACUGCGAAUAUCAGACAGCGCCGGGGGUCGAAGGUGACAAUCAACCUUCCUCUCUUCUUCGACACCGAUACCCCGCGCCCGUUCAUCGAUCCUUCCAUUCCAUGGCACCGGUCAAUCUACGCCGAAGACAAGGAGGCCAUAGAGGGCUCCGCGCUUCCGGAUCACAUCUACCUCGACGCGAUGGGUUUCGGGAUGGGCUGCUGUUGUUUGCAAUUGACUUUCCAGGCUUGCAAUGUCUCCGAGGCACGGCGCAUGUAUGAUGGAUUGAUCCCCAUUGGGCCAAUACUGCUGGCUUUGACUGCCGCCAGUCCGAUCUGGCGAGGGUAUCUCGCGGACGUAGAUUGUCGAUGGAACGUCAUCGCGGGGAGUGUGGAUGAUCGAACUGAAGAGGAGCGUGGUCUGAAACCACUGCAAGAUUCGCGCUUCCAAAUCCCUAAAUCGCGCUACGACAGUGUGGACAUGUACAUUUCCACGGACCGCAGAAACCGCCCCGAGUACAACGAUAACAUGCUACCCUUCGACGAGCCUAUCUAUACUCGUUUACGUGACCAUGGGCUCGAUGACCUCCUUGCCAAACACGUUUCACACUUGUUCAUUCGAGACCCAUUGGUCAUCUUCACCGAGACGCUCGACCAAGAUGACGAGAAGAGCAGCGAUCACUUCGAGAACAUACAAUCCACCAACUGGCAAACACUUCGAUUCAAGCCUCCGCCGCCCAACUCUCCUAUCGGCUGGAGAGUUGAGUUCCGGAGCAUGGAGGUGCAGAUGACCGAUUUUGAGAAUGCGGCCUUCGCUGUGUUUGUUGUCCUCUUGUCCCGAGCCAUACUCAGCCUGCACGCCAAUUUCUACAUCCCGAUUUCCAAGGUGGAUGAGAACAUGGCGAGGGCCCAGAAACGGAAUGCUGUGCAUGCCGAGAAGUUUUUCUUCCGAAGAGAUGUUGGUUCUCGAGCGUCUAGCGCAGCGUCAUCCAGGGGUGAUUCCGGGCUGAAUUCUCCAACGGAAGGUCGAGUCAAGGAGAGGACGCUUCGGAACUGUUUCCCCGAGCCCCCACCGGAAGAAGAUGGGCUUGCUUCCACUGUCGAAGACGAGUACGAGGAGAUGACCAUGAAUGAGAUCAUUAACGGAAAGGAACACGGAUUCCCAGGACUUCUGGGGCUCGUAAAUGCCUACCUGGAUACUGUAGACAUAGCGCCAGACGAGGCGCUGCGGAUCCACGGCUAUUUGGACGUUAUUCGACGUCGGGCGAACGGGACGCUCCUGACGCCAGCCACGUGGAUGAGAGAAUUUGUGCGGUCACAUCCUGCAUAUAAACAUGAUUCAGUUGUCUCGGCAGAGAUCAACUACGACUUGAUUGUUGCAGUCGAUGAAAUCGAACGAGGCAUUCGUCAGGCCGACAACUUGCUUCCUGCAGACUACACCGGGAGCAAAGAGUGCCCUGGAAUGGAAUAGAAUUUUUUAUCUAGCCUAAAAUAAAUUGUAAUGGGUCACGCAGGGUACGAUGGAUAAUGGCCGGUGGGCAGA